AAAUAAGCUUCAUUCUGCAAACAAUUCUGGAUAAAAGAAAAAAAACCCAACUUUUUUUAAUGCACUGAUGAGCUGGCAAGAAAGUGAGGAAUACCCAGGCCAAAAAACUCAAGAAUCCAAAGAGCUUGAAGAGCAUUCUGUGAUGACCACGGUGAGCACACUACGCAAGGUGGAGGGCUCUACCUGACAUGUCUUGGGGGAUCUGCCAGACCAUGGCCCAUUCUCAGGGAAUCUGCUCCCACCUACAACCUGUGCGGGGUCACUGAUCUGAGAAACUUCUCAGGGGUCACGUUCCAGGGACAAUCCGACUCUGUGAAGGAACCCUCACUCAACUGCUGCCACGUUCCCCACGGGACCUGGAGGAAAGAUGGUGGUGAUCAAGGCCUGCGUGUUCUUCUUCCUGGUCCUAGAGGUCACCUCUCUGUUGGGGAGGCAGAUGAUGCUCACUCAGUCGGUGAGAAGAGCCCAGCCUGGGAAGAGGACCUCAGGCAUCUUUGCCAAGCCUGCUGACCCCCUGGACAGUCCUGGGGAGUGGACAACGUGGUUCAACAUUGACCACCCAGGUGGGCAGGGCGACUACGAGCGGCUAGAUGCCAUUCACUUCUACUACGGGCACCAGGUGUGUCCUCGGCCCCUGCGGCUAGAGGCUAGGACCACCGACUGGAUACCCGCAGGCAGCACUGGCCAAGUGGUCCAUGGCAGCCCCCUUGAGGGCUUCUGGUGCCUCAACAGGGAGCAGCGGCCUGGCCAGAACUGCUUCAAUUAUACCGUGCGCUUCCUCUGCCCGCCAGGAUCCCUGCGCCAAGACACAGAACACAGCCUCUGGAGCAUGUGGUCUCCCUGGAGCAAGUGUUCUGCUGCUUGUGGUCACCCUGGGGUCCAGACCCGAACACGCACCUGCUUGGCGGAGACGGUGUCACUGUGCAAUGAUGCCACCGAGGAGGGUCGGCUCUGCAUGGAGCAGGCCUGUUCAGCCUGUGACCUGACCUGCCCCAUGGGCCAGGUGAAUGCUGACUGUGACGCCUGCAUGUGCCAGGACUUCGUGCUGUAUGGGGUUGUCUCCCUCCCUGGGGGUGCCCCAGCCUCAGGGGCUACUGUCUACAUCCUGACCAAAACACCUAAGCUAUUGACCCAGACGGACAGCAGCGGGAGGUUCCGAGUCCCUGGCUUGUGCCCCGAUGGCAAAAGCAUCCUGAAGAUCACAAAGACCAAGUUUGCCCCUAUCAGGCUCACAAUGCCUAAGACUAGACUGAAGGCAGCCACCAUCAAGGCGGAGUUCAUGAGGGCAGAGACUCCAUACAUUGUGAUGAACCCCAAGGCAAAAGCACGGAGAGCUGGGCAGAGUGUGUCCCUGUGCUGUAAGGCCACGGGGAAGCCCAAACCAGACAAGUAUCUCUGGUACCAUAACAGCACACUGUUGGACCCCUCCCUCUACAAGCACGAGAGCAAGCUGGUGCUGAGGAACCUGCAACGGGACCAGGCCGGGGAGUACUUCUGCAAGGCCCGGAGCGACACUGGGGCUGCAAAGUCCCAUGUCGCCCGGCUGACUGUCAUAGCCCCCGAUGAGACUCCUUGCAACCCAACCCCCGAGAGCUACCUUAUCCAGCUGCCCCAUGAUUGUUUCCAGAAUGCCACCAACUCCUUCUACUAUGAUGUGGGUCGUUGCCCUGUCAAGACCUGUGCAGGGCAGCAGGAUAAUGGGAUCAGGUGCCAGGAUGCUGUGGAGAACUGCUGUGGGAUCUCCAAAACAGAGGAGAGGGAGAUCCAGUGCAGUGGGUACACACUGCCCACCAAGGUGGCCAUGGAGUGCAGCUGCCAGCGGUGUACGGAGACCCAGAGUAUCGUUCGGGGACGCGUCAGCGCCUCUGACAAUGGGGAACCCAUGCGCUUUGGCCACGUGUACAUGGGGAACAGCCGUGUGAGCAUGACUGGCUACAAGGGCACGUUCACCCUCCACGUCCCUCAGGACACUGAGAGGCUGGUGCUCACAUUUGUGGACAGGCUGCAGAAGUUUGUCAACACCACCAAAGUGCUGCCCUUCAAUAAGAAAGGGAGUGCGGUGUUCCAUGAGAUCAAGAUGCUUCGGCGGAAAGAACCCAUCACCUUGGAGGCCAUGGAGACCAACAUUAUCCCCUUGGGGGAUGUGGCUGGUGAAGAUCCUGUGGCUGAGCUGGAGAUCCCAUCCAAGAGUUUCUACCGGCAGAACGGGGAGCCCUACACAGGAAAAGUAAAGGCCAGUGUGACCUUCCUGGAUCCUCGGAAUAUUUCCACAGCUACUGCUGCCCAGAGUGACCUGAACUUCAUCAAUGAUGAAGGAGACACCUUCCCCCUUCGAACAUACGGCAUGUUCUCUGUGGACUUCACAGAUGAGGCCACCUCAGAGUCACUUAAUGUUGGCAAGGUAAAGGUCCACCUCGACUCAACCCAGGUCAAGAUGCCAGAGCACUUGCCCAUGAUGAAACUCUGGUCCCUCAACCCAGGCACAGGGCUGUGGGAGGAGGAAGGUGACUUCAAAUUUGAAAGCCAAAGGCGGAACAGAAGAGAAGACAGGACCUUCCUGGUGGGCAACAUGGAGAUUCGUGAGAGGAGGCUCUUUAACCUGGACGUCCCUGAAAGCAGGAGGUGCUUCAUCAAGGUGAGGGCCUACCGAAGUGAGAGGUUCUUGCCCAGUGAGCAGAUGCAGGGUGUCGUGGUCUCUGUGAUCAACCUGGAGCCCCGGACUGGCUUCUCCUCUAACCCCAGGGCCUGGGGCCGCUUUGACAGUGUCAUCACUGGUCCCAAUGGGGCCUGUCUGCCUGCCUUCUGCGAUGACCAGUCCCCUGAUGCCUACUCUGCCUACGUCUUAGCAAGCCUGGCUGGGGACGAGCUGGAAGCAGUGGAGUCUUUUCCUAAAUUCAACCCAAAUGCAAUUGGUGUCCCUCAGCCCUACCUCAACAAGCUCAAGUACCGCCGGACAGACCAUGAGGACCCACAGGCCAAGAAGACAGCUUUCCAGAUCAGCAUGGCCAAACCAAGGCCCAACUCAGCCGAGGAGAGCAAUGGACCCAUCUAUGCAUUUGAGAACCUCCAGGCAUGCGAGGAAGCACCUCCCAGUGCGGCCCACUUCCGGUUCUACCAGAUUGAGGGAGAUCGGUAUGACUACAACACGGUCCCUUUCAACGAGGAUGACCCCAUGAGCUGGACUGAAGACUACCUGGCAUGGUGGCCCAAGCCAAUGGAGUUCAGGGCCUGCUAUAUCAAGGUGAAGAUCAUGGGGCCACUGGAGGUGAACGUGCGAUCCCGUAACAUGGGGGGCACCCACCGGCAGACAGUGGGAAAGCUGUAUGGAAUCCGGGAUGUGAAGAGCACGCGGGACAGGGACCAGCCCAAUGUCUCAGCUGCUUGUUUGGAGUUCAAGUGCAGUGGGAUGCUCUAUGACCAGGACCGUGUAGACCGCACGCUGGUGAAGGUUAUCCCCCAGGGCAGCUGCCAUCGAGUCAGCGUAAACUCCAUGCUGCAUGAGUACCUGGUCAACCACCUGCCACUGGCGGUCAAUGACAACACCACUGAGUACACCAUGCUGGCGCCCUUGGACCCACUGGGCCACAACUAUGGCAUCUACACUGUCACUGACCAGGACCCUCGCACAGCCAAGGAGAUUGCGCUUGGCCGGUGCUUUGAUGGCACAUCUGAUGGCUCCUCCAGAGUCAUGAAGAGCAAUGUGGGAGUGGCCCUGACCUUUAACUGCGUAGAGAGGCAGGUGGGCCGUCAGAGUGCCUUCCAGUACCUCCAAAGCACCCCGGCCCGGCCCUCCCCCGCAAGCACUGUCAGGGGAAGAGCGCCCUCAAGGAGGCAGCGGUCAAGUCAGGGUGGCCAGCGCUGGCGCAGAGGGGCGGCCUCGCUGAGGUUUUCUGGGGUUGCUCAGCAGCCUCUGAGCAACUAAGGCUUGUGGUACUUCCCUUCUCCCCACAGCCAUUGUGAGACUGACACCCAAACUGUCACUCGGUUAACUUAAGCCCAUCUGUUCCGGUGCAACUUGCUCGUUUGUUUCUUCAUUCCCUUUCUUACUGUCUUUGUCUUGUGAUACUGAUUGGCAUGGAGCCCCCAAAAUGUCAAAAUAAAGCCUCUUUGCCCUGUUCUUUACAAGAAACACAGGAAAUUGGCCAUGGGCGAACUCUGUAGCUUUGAGCAUUCUUCAUUUAGUGCCAUUCAUGGAAAUGUCCUUCAUUUUCUUUUUUGCAUGGUUUUGCCCACCUCUACAAUAAGGAUAAUCUGAUGUUGAAGAUCAAAUAACCAAUAUAAAGCAUAUUUCUUGGCCUUGCUCCACAGGAUGUAAGCAAGGCCUCCAUCACAGUUCAUACAUAUAAAAGGUGGUGAAAUAUUUUUACUUGAAUUAUAAAUAACAUUUAUUUCUUUGCUGAAUCUGGAACUCUAGUGCACAUUCAGUGUUACACUGUUGAGUAUAAGGUAAUCAUAGUUCCUCUACCAAGUCUGGAAAAAACAUCUCCUGGUAUCCACAACUGCCCUAGGUUGCUAAUUAUAUUAGCGUGUUUCCCUUUAUAUUUGCUUUUGUUCUUUCUAGAAGCCCAGUGUGGCCCAGAACACAUGUCAAUAAAUGCACAUUUCGUACUUGA